GAAGUCUUGCAGUCGCUCGCCUCGCAAAGCUUCUCCGGCCACCAUAAGGCAUGUUGCAGAAAAAGUGCUAAUAACUGCAUCCGUUUAUUUUUGUGAAAGUUGCGAGUGCACCACAAUCGUUCAUGUUCUAUUUCUCUUGAGAUUGAUCGUUAUGUGUUUGUAGUGAGUGCAAUGGCAAGUGCGAAAAUGACCGCCAAAGACCAGAAUACUAAUGGGAAGGCAUCCAUCGUUCGCGAUUCAGUGGACGUAGAAACAGGUAAACGACCCAUCGAAGUAAUCGACCUACCUGGUAAACGGAAAACCGCCGCAACGCCCAGAAGAGCAUCCAAAGUUAGACCAGUACGUGUCUUGCUACGACGAUUCGUGGCCAUGGCAGUGGUAUUGGCGAUCUUAGCGGGCCUUGGGGCCGUUAUAGGCUUUUAUUUGGGGUGGAUUUUUCUGGUGCAGUUGGUAAUUGUCUGUCUGGUGGCCUACUUAGCGGCCGGGAAGUGGCGGUGGUGCUAUGUGGCCUUGAGGACGCUGCCCAGGGAUGUACGGGGUCUUAUCGGAUUCAUCAAGCUUAUUAUUCAAAUGAAAACUUUACACAGGCGAAAUUUAACGAUUGGCGACGUUUUCCGACAAAACGUAAAAAAACACCCCGACAAACCUUGCAUUCUCUUCGAAGAUCAAGUUUGGACUUUUGCUCAGGUUGAAGAAUACAGCAAUAAGAUAGCCAACACUUUCAAGAGCCACGGCUACAAAAAAGGUGAUAAGGUUGCUCUGUUUCUAGAAAACAAACCCGAGUUCAUUUGUAUAUGGCUGGGACUUUCCAAGCUAGGGGUUAUCACUCCUUUGAUCAACACCAACUUAAGACUGAUUUCAUUGAUGCAUUCCAUCACUGUGGCCAAAUGCCAAGCUAUCAUCUUCGGAACUGAAUUAUCAGAAGCCGUCUCAGAGAUUCUCGACAAAAUCGAAUCAAAGGUGGCAUUAUACGAGAUAAGUUGUAACAACAACCAAACCAAUACUACCGACCAAAAGUUCCACAAUUUAGAUAGGCUAUUGAAAGACGCCCCCUCCACUCCUCCCCAAAUAACAGACAAAUUAGGACACCAUGAUUGCAUCGUGUACAUUUACACUUCCGGUACGACUGGACUUCCGAAAGCCGCGGUUAUAACGGCGGCAAGAUACAUGUUUAUUGCGGCCGCUAUUCACCAUUUAGCAAAUUUUACCAACUCAGAUAUUUUUUACACUCCCCUGCCGCUGUAUCACACUGCAGGCGGCUGUAUGACAGUAGGCCAAAUGUUAUUAUAUGGAUCAACUAUAGUAAUAAGAAAAAAGUUUUCUGCGUCAGGGUAUUUCGCUGAUUGUCGCAAAUACAAAUGCACGGCCGCACAAUACAUUGGAGAAAUGUGUAGGUAUAUUUUGGCAACACCUCCGAAAGACACAGAUACAGAUCAUAAUUUGCGGGUGAUAUUCGGCAAUGGAUUGAGACCCCAGAUUUGGACCGAGUUCGUCGAUAGAUUCAACAUAUCGAACGUGAGAGAAUUCUAUGGAGCUACGGAAGGAAAUGCUAAUAUAGUUAACAUCGAUAAUACCGUCGGAUCGAUAGGCUUCAUCUCCAGAAUAAUCCCUUCCGUAUACCCAAUUUCCAUUAUAAAAGUGGAUCCGUAUACGGGCGAACCUGUAAGGGACGCCAAAGGACUGUGCAUGCCCUGCAAACCGAAUGAACCGGGAGUUUUCAUCGGGAAAAUCAUUCCUAACAAUCCUUCCAGAGCGUUUUUAGGUUAUGUCGACGAGGAGGCUUCGAAAAAGAAGAUAGUUCAUGACGUCUUCAAUCACGGCGAUUCAGCCUUUUUGUCGGGAGACAUAUUGGUAGCGGAUGAGUUAGGAAAUUUGUUCUUCAAGGAUCGGACGGGAGAUACGUUUAGAUGGAAAGGAGAAAACGUAUCAACGUCUGAAGUUGAGGCAGUUAUAAGCAAUUUAGUGGAUUACAAAGAUGUCGUGGUUUACGGAGUUGAGAUCAGGGGCCAGGAAGGUCGCGCUGGAAUGGCGGCCAUAUUGGAUCCGGAAGAAAGCAUCGAUUUGAAGAAAUUAGUCGAUGGCUUGAAGAAAACAGUACCGACGUACGCUAGGCCCAUUUUCGUGAGGAUCCUCGGAAAAAUUGAUUUGACAGGUACAUAUAAAAUGAAGAAGAACGACUUGCAAAAUGAAGGCUUCGACCCAUCAAAAAUCAGUGAUAAUAUUUAUUACUUGAGUAGCUCUACAGGCAUUUACGAAAAACUCUCUCCACAAAUUUAUAAUGAUAUUAAUAAUGGAACUGUUAGGGUAUGAUAACAUUCAUUUAUUUGUUAAUGCUUUGCUCUUUAUGCAACUGUGAUUCUAAAAAAACUGGGCUGGUUUUGUCGAUUAGGAUCGUAAUGGGAAUCUGCUACAUUUCUUUUCCUAAGAAGGCAUUCGAAUUUUUAUAUUAGUCUACGAAUAUUCUCUCGAAUAUAUAGGGUGAAUAAUUGUGAAAUCCUGACGGUGUCAGAUUUGGUUUAUAUAAUCGAAGACGGUAGGUAAUUCAGUUUGGAAAGAAACCUUUAGAUUAAAGGGGGCUUUUUUAUUCACUCAUUUGUAAAACGAAUUGAGAGAUCUAGAAAUUUUUAUGAAACAUUUUAUUUCGAUAGAUUUUAGGUGUAUUUCCUUGAUCUGCUGUGUCAGUGAUGCAAAAGAAAGUUUUUAUGUAAUUAUCUAAGACUGCCAAAAACGAUACCAUCGAGAAUCUUGAAAAUUUGUUGCACCCACCGUUACUGUUGACUGUGUAUACACUUGUUUUUUGUUGAAUCUCAUAGUGUCAACAGAUAGAAUGUUGAAUCUGAAGAAUGGAUGUUUUUUCCAUGAUAUUGUACAAAUUUAUAUUACAUAUUUUUAUAUGCAGUUUUAAGGCAUUAGCAACUCUUUUUUGUCAUAUGGUUGUGUUCUUUUAUAGCUAUUGUUUUCCAUAAAUAUAUUAUUGUUUUCUCCAGUG